GCAGCUCUGGGGGCAAUGCAGCAUUGUUCUCCGUCUGUCCCUCUGUCCGCAUUGCAAGAACCAAACACAGAAACUGACUCCCCAAUGCCGCUCGGAUAACGGCUCACCGACUGGAAACCCUCCAACUCCCCAGCGGAGGGGGGACAACAGGGAUCUUACCCUCCCUUAUUCACUGCGAUAUAUUUAACAUUCCUCGUGGAUAGCAUACUGAGGGAUAGAUACCGAGGGCGCAGAGAGAAUAUAAUUAAUCGUGGAGAUGGAAAUACGUAAAAGACUAAUCGCGGUCUAAGCAACUAAGCCUCUUGUCGGCAGGAAGCUUCGGAGGAGCUGGAAGACACCCCGGUGAGUGUCUGACAUUCCUACGUUGAUCCGAGAGAGCGGAGGUUUGACACCGAGGGCAGAUUAACCGGUGGGAAAACUCCGCGAAAUGCAUCUCUCCCUGCCGGAUUUAAAGGAGGCCACAACGUGAUCCAGCGAGCAGGGGUCUGACCGUACGGGACCUGCGCCAACCGAGGAUCCGUCCGUUGUCCCGUCGUCCGUCGGUCUCCUGAGGAAUAGCUGAGGGGACGUACCACUCUGUUACCCAAAGUACGUAGACCAGGAGCGGUAGACAGCGGUAGACUAGGAGUGGUAGACAGCGGUAGAGUUUCCGUCCGUUGUCCCGUCGUCCGUCGGUCUCCUGAGGAAUAGCUGAGAGGACGUACCACUCUGUUACCCAAAGUACGUAGACCAGGAGCGGUAGACAGCGGUAGACUAGGAGUGGUAGACAGCAGUAGAGUUUCCGUCCGUUGUCCCGUCGUCCGUUGGUCUCCUGAGGAAUAGCUGAGGGGACGUACCACUCUGUUACCCAAAGUACUUUGGAUUAAUGUACAACACAGGCUCACGGAGGGAGAACGUGAUUCUGGGUUUCCUGCAGGGCUGGAGUACAUGAGUGAUACAGGCCUGGAGUGAGCCUGUACUAUCAGGAUUGGUGUUGGCAUGGCUCAAGUCCACCUUUUGGACCUUCUUUUCAUCAUGACUGAUCAGCUUGACCACAGACCCUGAGGAGAGAGAGCCUGUAACUGCCGGAGGAUCUUUCCUAAGAGGACGGGGCCUCUAUGUAACACAAAGAGAUCUAAGUCAGACGAUACAAAGACUCUACUACGACGACAACAGAACAACAACAAAACAACAGGAAAACUCAGGCUUUGCUUUUGAGAGGAAAAGCCUGCAGCUUUGUCUGAGUUUGAGUGGAGAUGCUUUUUCCACCACUGACAGUCAUGGCAAAGCCUUUGAUGGCUUUGAUUGGCUGACAAAACAAGAGGAGGGUCAGCUCAAAAAACACAAGGAUCAGUUUAAGUUCAAACACACUGAUCCGGGUCACAAUAUUAACCAAGGGUAUAACCAAACACCUUCCCUCUCUCUCUCUCUCUCUCUUACUACGCAAAUAAACUUAAGCUUUCUGAAAAGGACUUAAUAGGAAAGAUUUCAACGUAAAUCUCGAUUGGAUCUGCUGGAUUGGGAAAAGAUUCUUCGGUGGUUGGAUAUCGAUUCUUCUAAAUCAGGGAGAAGACACCACAACCUCAAAACAAGAUGGCCGCCCAAUGCAAGAACUUCCUGCUCUUCUUGACUAGGGUAGGACUACUUCUGGGUCUGGCUAACCCUCUGGUGACCUCCGCCUCCUGCCCCUCGGCCUGCCGGUGUGAUGGGACCUUCAUCUACUGUAAUGAUCGAGGCCUCACGUCUAUCCCUACCGGCAUUCCACUGGAUGCUACUAUUCUCUUCCUCCAAAACAACAGGAUCAAGAGCGCCGGCAUCCCCACCGAUCUGAAGAGGCUAAGCAACGUCGAGAAGAUCUAUCUGUACUGCAAUAAUCUGGACGAGUUCCCCCAAAACCUGCCGAUCGGGGUCAAAGAGCUGCAUCUACAGGAGAAUAAUAUCCGCAUGAUUACGCAUGCGUCGCUGGGUCAGAUCCCGCUGAUCGAGGAGCUGCACCUGGAUGAUAACUCCGUCUCGGCGGUUAGCAUCGAGGAGGGAGCGUUCAGGGACAGCUACCACCUGAGACUACUCUUUCUCUCCAGGAACCAUCUGAGCACCAUCCCGUCUGGCCUCCCGCAGACCAUCGAGGAGCUGCGCUUCGACGACAACCGCAUCUCGUCAAUAUCAGAGGCAUCCCUGCAGGACCUGAUCAACCUAAAGAGACUCGUCCUGGACGGGAACCUGCUCAACAACCGCGGCAUCGGCGAAAUGGCCUUCAUCAACCUGAUUAAUCUCACCGAGCUCUCCCUGGUGAGAAACACCCUUACGUCGCCGCCGGCUAACUUACCAGGAACCAGUUUGGAGAAACUGCAGCUCCAAGACAACCACAUCAACCGGGUACCGGCCGGAGCUUUUGCUUUCCUCAGGCAGCUGUAUCGGUUGGAUCUAUCAGGCAACAACCUGAGCAGUCUGCCUCACGGAGUGUUCGAAGACCUGGAUAACCUCACGCAGCUCCUGCUCCGUAACAACCCUUGGCAGUGCACUUGCCGGAUGAAGUGGGUGAGAGACUGGUUAAGGUCCCUGCCGACAAAAGUCAACGUCCGAGGGUUUAUGUGCCAGGGACCAGACAAGGUCAAGGGCAUGGCUAUUAAGGAUUUGUCCAUGGACUUGUUUGACUGUGGAGGAUCUGACUUGGGCAGGGGCCAGGGGGAUCCUACCGAGACCAGCACUGUCUCUAACACCUUACUGCCCUCACAACCCCAAUGGCCCUCCUUUGUGACCAAAAGACCGGUGGUGAGAAUGCCUGACAGGAAUAAGAACUACCGAAGUACUACGACACCGUCAGGAAGAAAGAUCAUCAGGAUCAGCGUGAAGUCGAGCAGUGCAGAGACAGUGCACAUCUCCUGGAGGGUUUCUGUACCCUUGACUGCCAUGAGGCUCAGCUGGUUAAAACUGGGCCACAACCCUUCGUUCGGUUCCAUCACGGAGACCAUCGUACAGGGCGAGAAGAAGGAGUACCUCCUAACAGCUCUAGAACCGGAAUCCUCGUACAGGAUAUGCAUGGUUCCCAUGGAGACCAGCAACAUUUACUUGACGGACGAGACACCAGUUUGCAUAGAGACAGAGACCAGUUCUCUGAAGGCUUACAAACCCACCACCACACUGAACCGCGAGCAGGAAAAGGAGCCUUACAACAAUUCCAGUCUGCCUUUAGCCGCGAUCAUCGGAGGGGCCGUGGCUCUGUUGGCAAUAUUAAUGCUGGCGUUUGUGUGCUGGUACGUGCACAGGAACAGUUCACUGUUUUCCAGGAAUUGCACCUACAACAAGGGACGUCGGAGGAAGGACGAUUACGCCGAGGCGGGGACGAAAAAGGAUAACUCAAUCUUGGAGAUACGAGAGGCCUCUUUUCAGAUGAUCCCCAUACACCCUGUGCCCGUGUCCAAAGAGGAGUUUGUGAUACAUACGAUUUUCCCUCCGAACGGAUUGAGUCUGUACAAGAGCCCGCACAGCGAGACCAGUACUAGCAACAGAAGCUACAGAGACAGCGGAAUACCUGAUUCAGACCACUCGCAUUCAUGAUAUUGAUAACGCGGGAACAUUUCGUUAUAAAUGAGUGCGUUCGUUGAUGACAUGAAACUAAAGUGGCUAAAAAACAUUGUUAUAAAACACUGGAUCUACAAGACUGAGUGGGGAAGCUUUUCUUCUGUACAUUUGCUCAUAUUAUUUAUAUUUAAGGACAUUUUAUGACAAAGAGGAGAAUAAAUGUGGUUCACAGAUAGUAGGGCCAUCACUGAGCCGCAGGUCAGUGUUUGUUGUAACUAAAACUGCAAUUCUAUAUUUUAGGGGUUGGUAGUAAUUUGUAUUGUAUUUUUUUUGUUUUGUUUUGCUUACGGUUACCCUAACAACCAACUAUAAAAAAACAAACUCUGUUCUACUGAGAUAUAAAGACUUGUCAACUGUGAAAGUGGGUUUUCAUUGCUGUGUUGAACAAUCAGACUUUAGAGAACCUUGUAGAAUAAAGCACAGGUCUUUACACUCGUUUUGUGGCUGUUCGGUAAAAAACAAGAAAAAAGCAACAACAAAAAAAUAUGAAAUGAUCAAAACUAGGACCCAGAUGAUUAACUGAGAAGAACCAGGGAGACACUCGUUCUCCGAGGAGAGACAAGCAGAGAGACGUCUCCUACAUGUAUCUGACUAUCUCUGGAACCAUGACUAGACCUGCUUUACUGCUGCUCAUUUAGUUCCUCUGUUUGGAAAAAACACAGAAACACGAGAGAGCCGAUCGAACAGACGCCCAGGCGGGCACGGCUCCUGUGUGUGUGUGUGUGUGUGUGUGUAUGUGCGUGUGUGUGUGUGUGCGUGCGUGCGUGAGUGAGUGCAUGUGUGUGUGUGUCAGGCCACAGCACAGGGCAGAUGAAGCACACAGACCUUUAGGGCCAUUACCCAGAAUGGGAUUAACCCAUGCAGGGUGGCCAGACUGACAACAGAGAUGAUAUAAAGAACACCAACUAUAUCUAUUUGUUCUAACCAACACAAAGGCUAAACUACAAUGGAUGACAUUCUCCAGUCCCUUAUGUCAUCCAAACGUUACCCUCAAACAUAGCUUAGAUUGAAACCUGUGAAAAGAAGGUUCUAUAAAGACACAACACAUUGGCUUUCUUUUGAAUACAAACUGAGCAUCACCUAUUUCCUUGUUUAUGAUUAGUUUUCCCCCCCAGAUUGACUACUUCUAUGUUGCCACAAUUUCAAAGUUUAAUUGUUCUUUAUGAAGUAGAAUUUGUUCUUUAUGAAGUAGAAUUUGUUCUUUACAAAGUUGUUCAGGGAUUCUUGAAACAAUUGUCUUGUCUUUCGAGAAUCCCUGAACUGAAAACCAAAGUGCUUUUGAAUACCCUUUGGCCAGUCGUGUAUGUGCCUUGAUCCAAUGCUUAUUGUAUUUAGCUUUCUAAGAAAUCACUGACUUUUUUGUCAUUCACACUUGAAUAUGAGAAAAUAUUGCAGAAUAAAAAUGGAUG